AUGGAUACUCAUAGCAAAGAUUCAAGCCAUGCCCACAGUAGUAUCUCCAAACAAGCUGAAGUGGUGGUAAUUACUGUGCCAUUUCCAUGCCACAGCCAUCUCAACCAGCUCCUCCACCUCUCCUGCCUCAUCUCCUCCUCCUACAACAUCCCCGUCCACUACGCCACCGCAUCCACUCAUCUCCGCCAGGCCAAACUCCGGUUCAAUGACACAACCCACUUCCAAAACUCCCAACUCCAUUUCCACGAAUUCCCCACACCUGAUUUCCUCUCUCCUUCCCCCACCCCAAAUCCUUCCAACAAAUUCCCCACCCACCUCCAGCCCUCAUUUGAAUCCUCUAUCCGCCUCCGCCAGCCCAUGGCAGCCCUCCUUCAAAAUAUCUCUGCCACGGCGAGAAAAGUUAUCGUCAUCCAUGAUUUCAUGAUGGCUUAUGUGGUUCAAGAUAUUGCUAAUUUUCCAAAUGCGAAAUCCUAUACUUUUACCCCAACUUGUUCCUUCUCUUCUUUCUUCGACGGGUGGCAAAUGAUGGGAAAACCCUUACUGGAAAAACCACCACCAAAAGGGCUACCAUCUAUAGAAGGAUGCUACCCUACUGAACUCCUGAAUCUCGUAGCCCGUCAAAUUGAUUUCCUGAAGUUUACAACCGGACAUAUUUAUAACUCGUGCAAAUCAAUUGAAGGUACAUACAUUGAUUUAAUAGCAAAGGACGAGUUCAAUAAAUUGGUAUGGUCAAUUGGACCAUUGAAUCUGGGGGGAGACUAUGGUAGAAGUAACUCGAAUACCCCAAAAAACAAAUGUUUGGAGUGGCUUGACAAGCAAGCCCCAAAAUCCGUUUUGUAUGUUUCGUUUGGAACGACGGUCACAAUGACCGGUGAAGAGAUCAAAGAGCUUGCAAUGGGGCUAGAACAGAGCAAGCAAAAGUUCUUAUGGGUUUUCAGAGAUGCUGAUAAAGGAGACAUUUUUACCGGAGAGGUGACGAAAGAGAAACUGCCAGAAGGGUUUGAAGAGCGAGUGAAGGAAGUGGGAAGGUUGGUACGGGAUUGGGCACCUCAAGUAGAGAUUUUGGGGCACCCAUCCACAGGUGGAUUCAUGAGUCACUGUGGCUGGAAUUCAUGCUUGGAGAGUAUAACUAUGGGAGUGCCCAUAGCUACUUGGCCCAUGCACUCUGACCAACCCAAGAAUGCUUUCCUGGUUACAGACAUAUUGAAGGUUGGUCUGCCGGUAAACACAUGGGAACAGAGAGAGGAAACAGUGACUUCAUCAACCAUAGCAAAAGUUGUCCAGAAUCUGAUCGCAUCGAAAGAAGGGGAGGAGAUAAGGAAGAGAGCCGAGGAGCUGGGUGCUUCCACCAGGCAGGCAGUGGAAGAAGGUGGUGUUUCACGAAUGGAGCUGGAUUCAUUCAUUGCUCACAUUACUAGGUACUAGGUGGGUUCAUAGAAUUGCCGCAACACAAACUUCAUAACUCUUCUACUCCAUCUCCUACUACUAAUAAAUCCCAAUCCACCAUGUUAGCCCAGCAAUCUACACCGUUGGACGAGUCAUCGAGAAUUAGUGUGAGUCUGCGAGACAAUUCUUCGAGCACAAUCAAAUUUCUGUUGUAAUUUUACCUGCAACAAUGUAACAAUUAGUUGUUAAGAACCACCACAAACUUAUCAGAAUCGUAGCUCGCUCUCCUCAAUGAGAAGUCUGAACCAAGUGUCACUUAUGAUUUUUGGAGGGCUCUAAACCAGCCGAGCCAGGCCAAGCUUUCAAACGUUUAAAAAUACAGAGACAAAAAUCUAUACAUAAUACUAAACAAGAACUAUAAGUAAACAAUCCCUCAUUGAACUUACUACGGUUGUCUCAGCAUGGCACAAGGCACCAAAGACCAAUUGGCAUAAAUAAUAUAGAGAGAAAAAUCUCGAAGACUAAUGAGUAUACAAAUUAACUUAGUAUCUAUUUCAUAAGAACACGUCAGUUUUGUCACUUGCGCAGGAUAUGUUCCACUUGUACUUGGGAAGAAACAAUAUGCCAAAAACAACAAACGCAGUAGAAAGAGGGAAAGAGAUGGGCAAACAAAUCAUUUCUGCCCAUCUCAUCUCAUCAUAGAUCAUUACCGUCUAUGAUGUGAUCGGCAGACAAAUCAAUUAUUACCGUCUGUUGUUAAGCAUAGAUUACAUCUGCUCAUCACAUCAUAUUACAAACUUUUUCUCUCAUGUUAAAACGAAUCAACAUAUUUUCGAUAAGAUCUGAACUUCGAAUCUAACUGCACAUACGUAUAACUACACAACCAUUGAAUUAACUGCUCGAAUUUUAUAUCAGAAACUCGUGGUUUAUACCAAAAAAGGCCUUUACAAAAUAAGCCAACUAUAAUACUACUAAACAAGAACUGUCAAGUCAACAAUCUCUUAUUGGGUUGUCUCAACAUGGCACAAGACACCAAGACCAA